UUGGUUGAUUCAUUCAUCGAUGAUGGAGAAGCACAAGUGCAAGCUUUGCUUCAGAAGCUUUUCCAAUGGCAGGGCCUUGGGGGGUCACAUGCGGUCUCACAUGAUGAACCUUACUCUCGCAAAGCCCGAAGAAGAGUCAUCGCGAACCGUUCAACUCAGUUUCGAAGCUGAAUCAGCCUCUUCUUCAUCAUCAUCUGAAGACGAACAAGGUAAUAACGAUGAUGACAAGGGUCUUUGCUACGGCCUCAGAGAGAACCCAAAGAGAAGCAUUCGCCUCGUGGAUCCAGAAUUCUCUUUCGCAGCCGCAGACACUGGUUGUGUCAUUCUUCAAGACAGAGAGAGUGAAACUGAAUCAUCCAAGAAUAACCCAACUCGUAGAAGAUCCAAAAGGGCAUGGAAACUCGGCGUGUUCGAUUCAAAGUACCACCAUCAUCAUCAUAACAAGAAGCAAGGGGGUGACGUGGAACAUGAAGCCAUUCUGAAGAAGAAGGUAAAGUUUUGCAAAGAUAGUAAGACAUCGUGGGUGGACCACGAACCUGCCAGUUCGGUUUCUGAUGCAACCACCGAGGAAGAUGUCGCGGUUUGUCUCAUGAUGCUGUCUAGGGACAAAUGGAAGAGACAAAAAGAUCAAUUAAUGGAAGAUCAAUUUGAAGAAGAGGAAGAGGAAGAAGAGGAGGAUGAUGACGAAGAAGAAGAAGAUGACGACGAGAGAUCCUUAGAAGAGAGUGAUGAAUCUCAAGAGAUGAUGAAACUGUGCAAGAACCGGGUACAAGGUAGGUAUAAAUGUGAGACCUGUAACAAGGUGUUUCGAUCAUAUCAAGCGUUAGGGGGUCACAGAGCGAGUCACAAAAAGAUCAAAGUGAACUUAUCUGUGGAUGAUGAUGAAGCAGAAGUUGAACGUGGCAAAAAGGGUGGAACUUGUGCUGUGGAAAAGAAAAUACACGAGUGCCCCGUUUGUUUCAGAGUCUUUGCUUCGGGUCAAGCACUGGGUGGACACAAGAGAACCCAUGUUACUGGCUCAGCAAAUACCACUGUUCUUCCAAUUUCCACCAAGCUUGGAAACAGCUUCAUAGAUCUCAACCUCCCAGCUCCAAUCGAUGAUGAUGAUGCUAGCCAAUUCGAGAACUCUGCGGUUUCAGAUGCCGAAUUUGUCAAAACCCGUUAA